UCGACUCUCUCAGUUAAACUCAAGCUGCUCUGUUUCUCUAUUUCUUGUACUAGACUCUGCUCUUUUCCAUUUUUUUUCUCCUUUUUAAGCUAAUUAACCACCCCCCCAAGAAACAAUGGCCUCUAUUCGUCGCCGAAAACCCGUCGAACCCAGGAACCCCUCAGUACAAAAAGAGGACGAGGACGAGGAGGAAGAAGUAGAGGAGGACUAUAGCAAAAACAAACACCGUAGGAAGAGUGACAAAAAAUCCAAACCAAAAUGGUCAUGUGUAGACAACUGUUGUUGGAUUGUUGGGUGCAUAUGCGUAACCUGGUGGACUUUAUUGUUUCUUUACAACGUUAUGCCUGCUUCUCUCCCUCAAUAUGUGACUGAGGCAAUCACUGGUCCUUUGCCUGAUCCACCUGGUGUAAAGUUGAGGAAAGAAGGACUCAAGGCAAAACAUCCCGUGGUUUUUGUUCCUGGAAUUGUAACUGCAGGGCUUGAGCUGUGGGAAGGGCAUCAGUGUGCUGACGGGUUGUUUAGGAAAAGGCUUUGGGGUGGAACUUUCGGUGAAGUGUAUAAAAGGCCUCUCUGCUGGGUAGAACAUAUGUCUCUAGACAAUGAAACUGGAUUGGAUCCUCCUGGUAUAAGGGUCAGGCCUGUCUGUGGACUUGUGGCAGCCGAUUACUUUGCUCCGGGAUAUUUUGUUUGGGCAGUUUUGAUUGCUAAUUUGGCACGCAUUGGAUAUGAGGAGAAGACAAUGUACAUGGCAUCAUAUGACUGGAGACUUUCAUUUCAGAACACUGAGGUCCGUGACCAAACAUUAAGCCGCAUCAAGAGUAGUAUUGAACUUAUGGUUGAAGCAAAUGGUGGAAACAAGGCCGUUAUUAUACCACAUUCCAUGGGUGUUUUGUACUUUCUGCAUUUUAUGAAGUGGGUGGAGGCACCAGCUCCAAUGGGUGGCGGGGGUGGUCCAGAUUGGUGUGCUAAGCAUAUCAAGGCAGUGAUUAAUAUUGGUGGACCUUUUUUAGGUGUUCCAAAAGCUGUUGCUGGUCUUUUCUCUGCUGAAGCGAGGGAUAUUGCAGUUGCCAGGGCUAUUGCACCUGGUGUCUUAAACAAUGGCUUUCAGACAAUGCAACAUAUAAUGAGAAUGUCUCGCACAUGGGAUUCAACCAUGUCAAUGAUUCCUAAAGGUGGAGACACUAUUUGGGGCGAUCUUGAUUGGUCGCCUGAGGAAGGAUAUACUCCUAUGAAGAGUAAGCAAAGAAAUACCGACACCCAGAAAGCAAGCCAAGAUGGCCCUGAAAGUGAGAUCUCUCAAACAAAGAGAGCUAAUUAUGGAAGGAUCAUAUCAUUUGGGAAAGAUGUAGCUGAGGCACUUUCAUCUGACAUUGAGAGGAUUGACUUCAGGGAUGCUGUUAAAGGCCAAAGUGUCGCAAACACCUCCUGUCGCGAUGUGUGGACAGAGUACCAUGACAUGGGAUUUGGAGGUAUUAAAGCUGUUGCAGAAUAUAAGGUUUAUACUGCUGAAUCUAUGAUAGAUCUGCUGCGCUUUGUUGCCCCAAAGAUGAUGGAGCGUGGCAGUGCUCAUUUCUCUUAUGGAAUUGCUGACAAUUUGGAUGAUCCAAAAUACCAGCACUACAAAUAUUGGUCAAACCCCUUGGAGACAAAAUUGCCCAAUGCCCCAGAUAUGGAGAUUUUUUCCCUGUAUGGAGUGGGCGUACCAACCGAAAGAGCUUAUGUUUACAAGUUAUCUCCUUCAGCCGAGUGCGCUAUUCCAUUUCAGAUUGAUACAUCAGCCGAUGAACAAGAUGAAGACAGCUGUCUGAAAGGUGGAGUCUAUUCUGUUGAUGGGGAUGAGACUGUUCCUGUUUUAAGUUCAGGUUUAAUGUGUGCUAAAGUUUGGCGUGGGAAAACAAGGUUCAAUCCUUCAGGAAGUCGAACGUACAUUAGAGAGUAUGCCCAUUCUCCUCCGGCAAACUUCUUAGAAGGCCGGGGCACCCAAAGUGGUGCUCAUGUUGAUAUAAUGGGAAACUUUGCUUUGAUUGAGGAUGUAAUGAGAGUGGCAGCUGGUGCUACAGGAGAAGAAUUGGGGGGAGAUCAAGUUUAUUCAGAUAUAUUUAAGUGGUCUGAGAAGGUCAACCUACAACUGUGAUUGCAAGUGGGUUUGUGCUUGUCCUGAACAUUAGAGCUUGAAGACAACGCAGGCAAUGGAAGCGAAGCUUGUUGAUUUCUUCUUUGAAAGUAAUUGUGAAGGAAGCAGCAGAGCUGGUUACAAGUUAAUGGAUCAGUGGAUAUAAACUGAAUCGCAGCUACUAUCCUUGUUGUUUCUCACUCUUGAUUAUUAUUGGUUACUAUUCAUCUAUUGCAUUUGCAUAAUUCCUAUA